AUGGAUCCACCCCGAUUUGGAGAAGAUGCCAAGUGGCAGUUAGAUGAGGAUUUCGGGUCUUCUGACUGCCAGUCUGGCCCAGAAGAAACAGCCAAGGUCUCAAUCCGACUCUCACGAGGCAAGCCUAAAGUCAACAAAGAACGGCUUGACACCGAGUCCGCGGGGCAAAACGAUAAGACUUUCUUUUUGCCAACAAUGAAUGAAGAAACGUUCAUCAACCACAACUGCGUCAUGGAUCCACAGGGUUAUCCAAUACUCCCCAAUGGAAACACGGUGUAUGUGAGACCACCGGGUGCAAACAUCUCUAACUUCGGCAAUGUCGGGUUUUCCAAGCGAACCGGGACCGAGUACCGCUCAAAAGGUGCCUGGAAGCUGAAGCGGAUCUAUUGCUUGGGGGUCCUGUCCUGCGACUUGCCUGGCUGUCGGUGGGCUGGGGCUCCUCCAACCGGUCGGGUUGUAAUGUCGGAGUGGUUGGAAAAAAACUCUCACUGUCGAGGCGCUCGUGGAACGUGUCUAGGGACGGUUGUGCACAUUCCAUGCAAGCAAACACUCGUCCGGGUCGAUGAGCAUGUUGCUACGACCUGGGCUGUUCUACGUCACAGAGGUAUACAUGAUCACCCUUGGCCGGAGGCAAAGAAGCCUGACCAACUUGCAAGGGACGCUCUGAAGAGUGUGAUUGCAUCGAAUCCCAAGGCCGGUGCCUUUGCUCUCAGGAUCAGGAAGCCAAAUGCAUCAAAGGACUCUUACGAGAGCGUCUUGGAUAUCCACCCGUCCCUAGGCAAUGCGGAUCGAUUGCGUUAUUAUCGCAAGCUGAUGCUCAAAGAGUUGAACAUUACACCUGACAAUAUUAGUGGUGAGGUUGAUGAUAAGUUCAUAACAGACUUAUUCAAAUGGGUCAAACGUGGGAUGCUUAUCAUCUCAUCUUCAUACUUGGAAGGCGAGGAGCACUUUACGUUCCAGUCUGAUUGGAUGCAGAAGCGCCUCUUGGCGCGGAAUAUUGAUAAUCUGGUUUAUAGCACGGGGCUUGUGUCUGAUGUUACCUAUCGAUUCUUUCGAAAUGGGUAUUUGCUAUCCACCUCAAUGUACUGUGAAGAACUAGCUAGAUGGGUUCCCAUCCAGCUCACCUGGAUCCGAGGCUUGGCCGAGAAGUAUUACGAGCGUCACUUUGCAACAUUAUUCCGCCAGUUCUUACGUCCGGAUUUCACCAAAGCUGAAAGAGACAUACUUGUUUGCAACAUUGUUGACUUCUCGGCGGCUCAGCGUGAGGGGUUUGUGGCGGCUUACUGGGAGGUUUUUGGGGUUUGCGAGAAGAAGGUAGUGCUUGAUAAGCUGCAAGGGUGUCAUGAACACUACCGUGCACAAGUAAGCCGAGUGAAGAAAAACCGCCAUGUUGUUAUGGCUGAUGAAGAGUCUACUUUCCAGACCAUGUGCAUGGAUCUGAUCAAAAAGCCGGUUGAAGGCGAUCCCACCCACGAGGAGCAGAUCGAUGCCCUGCGUAGGCGUUUCCCAAAGGCAAAACGGUGGCUAGAUUGGUGGACCAUGGCCGACGUGGAGGCCAUGCUCUUCCCUUCCCGCCGUCCGCUAUUAGAAGACACUCCUGAUGGGCAGGACCGACCGACAAAGACGACGAAUGCACAGGAGAGUCUUCAUCGGUUGGAAGGAAAGACUUCCCUAAUGCUGGGCAUGGUCCAGCUGUACUCGUUCAUCAAAGUCCUUGAGGAGGACUUUGAUGCCGUGAUGCGAGGUGUAUCAAUCGAAUACGGUUCCGCCCGCAAGGGGAUUGAUGACAUCUCGCAAUCACUUGGUUGGGAGAAGAAGCGGAAACGAGCUCCCAACCCAGCCAAGCCGGCUGUUGACGAGAAGGUUCGACAUGCCUCGGUGAAUGAUGGAAGGCCCCCUGAUACAACCGAUGGCCUCCUCCCAGAACUGGCCAAGAAGAAGCUUGGCAGACCCUCCGGUUCGGUUAACAUCGAUCGGAACCCAUUCUCAACCUACCCUUCAUAUCGAGCGUCUACCCAACGGCAUUUGGCCAAUCGCUGCUGGAUGGCGGCAGCUUUAGAAACUCUGUACGCUCUGUACAGUCCACUUUGGCAUCGGGGAUCCAGCGGGAAGGGCACCUCACUGUUCACUUCUCUGGUGAAACAUUUUUCUGCACGGACAACUUACGAGCUAACACAAGCAGGAAGCAUUCGGGGGGCACUUACCAAGGCCCAAACGUCGUUGUUCACCCAGGCUCAGAAUCGAUCUCCCGGUAGCUUUGUCGAAGGUGAAUUUGCGUCAGCAGAUCUCUUUAUUGAGAUGUUGUUGGAUCCAAAGGCCAACCCGAAUCGAGCCCUCAAGGGCCUAUUUGAUCUGGAGGAAAAACGUGUGUUGACCUGUCAGAGUCAUCCUGGUGAAACAAAGAAUCUCACUCGAGUGGUGCACACAAUCAAUAUACGGCGUGAAAUGUUUGACGACAAUCAGAUCCCUCAUGCAAACGUCACUCAGCUGUUGAGAAAAUGGAAUUCAACCUCACUGCAAGGUUUAUCCGGGUUGACAUGCAAGAGUUGUCUUGCUGAGCAGGUGAUCAGGCACCAAUCAUUUGUGCCAGUGGCGUCCGAUGUUGAAAUGAGCACCUCUCAGGUCGAUUCUAGCGUCAAGGGCUUGUACAAGGAGUCCUCAACCCUUGUGGUCCCAUUCGGCAAAGCCCCGCCUCACCUUUACUUCUUCCUGGAUGUGGCGCCAAUCAUCGACAACGAUGAACAACAGCUUUUCAUGGCAACUACCGACUGGCCAAUGUCUCUUUUUGUCUCAAAUCAGAAGUAUAGCCUCUUUGCGCGUGGUUAUUGGAAUGGCAGCCACUACUGGAGCAAGGUGCUCAAAAGCGUCGGGGGGAUGGUAGGUGUAUGGCUUCACAACGAUCUUCAAAACGAUGGGUAUGCUCGCUUGGUAAACGUGGAUCCCAGUAAGCUCAGUGGGCCUGCUCCUCACACCAGUUGGCUGAUGUACUCCCGCUGCUGGACCGGGCCUGAAAAGGAAUAUGUCGAUGAGAUGAUGGAUAAAAUCCACAAGGAUUAUCCCCAUGCGACUGGUCAUCUGGCUUUUGAGGGACUCUCCAACUUGCUGGAGUCUAUCAAAACCGACAAGCCCAACUUGGAGGAGUCCAUCAUCACCAACAAGCCCAACUUGGUGGAGUCUAUCAUAACCGACCAGCCGAUUUCACAGCUUGACAAGCAUCCCAAAGUCCCGGACAAGCCAGUUGCAUCCCCGUUGCCCGCGACUAUAGACUACAAACCAACCAGUUCUCAGGGUGGCACUCCAGUAGCUGCCGGAAGUGAUAUGGUCAUCAACCCGGAAACCACAACCGUCAGCCAGAAGAAGCUUAAGCUGAAGAUAAAAUGGUCAACACCAUCAGCACCUAAGGAGGAUAAGGAAGCUGCUACUUCAGGUGCUGGAGAGCUGACCGGAAAGUUGAAUGGGAUUGGUUCUCGGAGGAGCAAGCGUGUCACCAAAAAUGGGAAAUAG